GAACAGAUCGCUUCGCCUCCAGCGAAAGCAGCGAGCCACGAACAGAUCGUUUCGGCGGCGAACAGAUCGGCGUUUCGGCGGUCCGCGCCAUGGGCGCCGUGGGAUCAGCGACCGAUGAGUGGGGCAUUUGCAGGCCCUGUGGUCGAGACGAUGUUUGUCGUGAGGCGCUGUGGGCCCGCGAUGCCAAUUCGCGUGGCUUGGGGCCACUGCUCCCUGCCUCCGCGUCCGGGUGGAACUCUGCGUUGCUGAAAGGAGCGCGCGAGGGAGACCCGGUGCUGGUUCGGGAGGCAUUAGAUGCUGGAGCCUCUACAGAGACCAGGGCAGUGGCCAGCAGCGCAGUGAAGAAGGGGGUGGCUCAAAAUUCAGUGGGUCUGACGGCCCUGAUGCAUGCGGCCAGAGGGGGUCACUUGACAUGUGUCAUGGCGCUCAUCGAUUCAAGAGCUGCCUUGGAUGCUGAAGAUGAGGUGGGUGCAACACCCUUGCACUAUGCGGCGCUGAGUGGUGACCUCUACGUCUUCGAGGCCUUGAUCCUCGCUGGUGCAGAUGCCUCGUUGAAGGACACCAUGCAGAAGACCGCCUUGGACUACUUGCCUUCACACAUCCAGGAGGAUCCAGAACUCCAGCAAAGUUGGCGAGCUGUCCUUCGGCAUGAGUUGCACUAUGGCGUCUGAGAGACACUGAGGCCACAGAAUGGCACCAAAUCAACGGAGUGUGCUGAUCCCUCUCCACUCCCAGCUGCAACGUGUUGUGGUGUGGGCGAUGGGCAUCAAAAACAGCGAACAAGACAC